CGAAUUCUCCGGUCGUCUCUCUUCCGCUUGCUCUCGAAUUCGCUCGCAGUGAUAUUUAGCGUUGUGUUUCCUGAUCCCUCCCUCGAUCGUGUGUUUUCCACGCGUUCCUUUCCCCGCAAACACAUGCGCCGAAGCUGCUCCUCGCCCUGUGCCGAUCGAGCAGCGCAAGCCCUGGUCGCGAUUGAUAUAGACGGCUUGAUGAGUACCAGAGCUCCCUCGUCGGGCCGUCGUCCAAGACCGUUUGGAUGCACCCUCUAAACCCCUUCCUGCGUGCCUUCUUCCGAAGCACUGUUCCGGGGCAGUGCGUGCCGAUCGAGAAUCAUGUUCUUCUUGUUCCGGUAACAGAAUCCCUGAUCGGCUCCCGCGACCGUGAAUCGUCCCUCCUCUAUUCCGAUCUCGUUGUGUCCGAGGAAUUCCUGGGAAGCCAUACUUUGCGAAUACCCGCUUCCAAUGGACCGGCCGGAGCCAAGGAUGAUUCCAAUGUCCGGGAUAGUAGGGGGAAGGCAAAGCAGGUCCCGACGGCGAACGGCCGGACUGUGAUCAUCAAGGAAAGCUCGGUUUACAGCAACAAAGGCUUCAAGUCUUUGACGCAAGCCCAGUUGCUGUCCGAUGCGCUCUACUACACCCCGAGCAAUGAUUCCAAGCCAUGGCUUAUUUACUAUAUCUCACGUCCGUUGAUCGGGUCUUUCGACCCCGGAAAGAUCAUCUCUGCUGUCGUGCCGGGAACGCUUCCGGCCAAGGCUGCCACGGGGCCGGGGGCCAAGUCAGGGGAGCCUACCUCGUCGCCACCAAAGAAGGAGAUUCGGACUUUUGGGGAGCUCCUCGCGCAUUUUCCCAUGAUCGCAAGACAAAUGCAGCCCGGACUAGAGAGACUGUUCCGUGAAUUUGGAAAGGAAUUGGGAAAACCCCUCCCCCCUCCCCCAUCGCGUUCGCCUUCGAUACCGGAGUUUGACGGAAAGCGAGGCUCGGACGACACCACGAAUGAUGAAGCCUCGUCGAUCCGAAGUUCAUCGUCUCGCUUCAGGGAAGGUCUUCCUUUCAACUCCGAAGAGUAUUUUGAGGAUGACGAGGAUCUCAUGCGGCGCAGUUUGGAAACGGCCGUGACUGCGGCUAUUGACUUAUUCCGGCUGGUCGACAAACAACAACUCUCCUUCCUCGGGGCAACGACGGAUCUCACGGGGCCACUGGUCGAGCGCUUGAUUGAGCGGUAUGUGGCGGAGCAGGUGCACGAAACACUUCUUUUCCCCCGGUUAUGUGGGUUCCGGCAGCCCGAAGACACAGAGCUGGAUUUGCGAAUCCGCCAGAUGGACAACAUCGAUGUCUCCCAGGUUGGGAUCACCGUCGAAGGCGGGCGUGAAGGCAAGCGUGAGCUCCUGCAACGUCUAGGCAAAGCGGUGGAAGAGUUCCGUAAAAUGCUCGAUGCGAAAUGCCCUCACGACAUGCUCACUAUCUUGUUGGAAACAAUCAAGAUCCUUUCGUAUCCGGGCAACUACGACAAAGCGGAUGCUCAAUCGUCCGAGAAGCAGCGGUCUCCAGUGACGGUGAAUGCCGACAUUUUGGUUUCGUUAUUGCUUAUCGUUGUCAUCAGGUCUCAGGUUAAGCACCUGCAGGCACGGCUCCUAUACAUGCAGCAUUUUAUUUACGUUGACGAUGUCGACAGUGGCGAAAUGGGAUACGCUCUGAGUACUCUUGAAGCGGUCCUGACUUAUCUUGUGACGGAUUCCGCAGGCCUGCGAAGAGCCAGCAUCCGAAACAAGCGCCUUUGGAAUGCUACCAAGGGCGGGCGACUCACCGACAUGAAGGCCAUCCUGGAACCGAAUGGCGACCACGAAUCGUUGGAUGACAUUCCCUACGAACCCGAGGGCAAGAGCGUCCUGUUCAAGACGGAAGACGACGACCAACCACAUCACCCUCGAGGCUCCUUGAUUAUACCGAACGGGCACGCCGAAACAAAUGGCGAGUCGGCGAUCUUGGAUGAUACGCAAGACGUGCCUCCGCUUUCGCACGUUUUCCCUUUCAAAACGUGGGAAACCACCUCCCCAAGAGAGAUCAAACGCCCGGUCAAGAAGGUUUCCAUGGACGUCCGUAGUUUAUCCGAAUCGUCUGCCGUAUCGAUGACCUCGCGAACAACCACAAUGGGAUCCAUUACGAGCACGAUAGAAGGUGACAGCUCCAUCGAAACCUUGACCAAGACACAAGAUCCUGCAGGCCACUCCAUCCCCAUGAUGGCGGUUGAAUGCUGCCAGCCAGAGGCUUUGAAAUACUUGCUGAGUCUCGAAGAAUACUAUCCCCUCGAGGAUAUCCUUGUGGAUACCAACAUGGAUGGGACAACCCUGUUAAACGCUGCCGUUCAGCUGGCUCACACCGAAAUUGUGGACGUCUUGCUUAGUUACCUGUUCGGUACCACUGACAGGGAUACGGUGGUCUCCUACUUCCAGAAAUCCGACAUCCAUGGCCGUACCGUGGCUCACUAUCUCUUCAGUACGCCGUCAGUCAUGCAUCGAUUAGAAGGGUUGCUCCCCUGGAGGCAGCGCGAUAAGCAUGGCCAAACGCCGCUGUUCGCUCUGUGUAGAUCUUAUGAUCACCCGGACUACCAAUCGAUGGUUCACCAGGCAUUAACGGCUGCCCAGAAGUCCCAGGAAGAUGGAAAGCCCCUGCAUCUCGACAGCCACGUUGACUCGCGAGGUAAUACCUUACUGCACAUCGUCAGCGACCCCGAUAUCACCAUUCGCAUCCUCCAGGAAAGCGACUGUGAUCCGAACGCCACGAACGACAAGAAGUUCACGCCCUUGAUGAUGGCCAGCAAGUACGGCAGAAUCGAUCAAGUACGGAUCCUCUUUUUAGAUCCGCGAGUGGACGUGCAUCUCAAAGAGGCCCGGGGACUGACAGCGGUCGAACUUGCGAAAGACGAUGAAGUCCGCAAUCGAAUUGAUGACCUGAUCCUCAUUUCCAACUCCCCGUCGGCAACCAUUGAUCCAUCCGGUCGAGUGACCACAGUCGUCCGGUCAUUCUUCGUGGAGGAUGCAACGGUGCGCUUUGUGCUCAAAUCGGGCGCCCCAAGCCCAUCUGCCAAAGCUGCUGAGUCUCGGCCCGGAUCUACGACGUACACCGUGACUACCUGCCGCAGGACAUUCUCUGACUUCGAAAAUCUCGCCAAGUGGCUUUCAAUCGAACACCCAGGCUCGUACAUGCCCUCAUUAUCGGACUUCCGCAGCCCCUUCCAAAUCCACUCCAAGCCGUCUCGCUCGGUGCUUCACGACAUGCAGGAGAAACUCGAUCGGUUCCUGAAGAUUCUGCUAUCACAUCCCACAUUCGCAACCCAUGAAAUGCUCUGGGAAUUCUUCCUUGUACCGGAGUUGCAUCCAGAAAUGAUGGCCGACCGGUCUCGUAGCAAAGCGCAGGUUCUUUCUGAGUCCAUUUCCGAUGACUACGAACCGAUCACGAACGAUGGCAUGCGAGAAACGGAGCAGUUCGUCAGGCAUGCGCAGGACAUGGUCCGUUCGGUGCACGCCAACACGCGCAGUCUCAUCCGCCACGGACAUGCACUCCAGAACUCCGCCGCGGACGUGGCUGACGCCGUAACCCUCUGUUCGGCCACUAUAUCAACCCUCAAGGAACCCACCAACGCUCUCCCGCAAUCUCACGUCGACGCCUUCGCCCGCUACGCCUCGUACCUCUCGACCUCAUCCUCCGACUCUUCGCCUCUCCUCCAGCUCCUCGCCUCCCUGACCUCCGUCGACAAUACCACGACCGCCAUCCUGCACUCCCUCUCGCGCCCCAUCUCCCUCAUGUCCACUCUUUCCUCUGCCAACCGCUCCCUGGCCCGCUCGCGCUCCUCCCUCGUCUCCUCUUCCCUCCCCCGUAAAUUCAAUCUCAACUUUCCCGGUCUCGAAGAAUCCCGCCAGAAGUCCGUCCGCGACCUCGAAUCCAAGAUCCAAGAAUCCGAGGCCCAGAUCGCCCGCGUCUCCCGCGAAAUCACCUGGAACAAGGACGUGGUCGUCAGCGAGCUAGCAGGCUGGACCUCCUGGCGCGAGAAAGUCGGCCGCGACGCCAUUCGCUCCUUUGUUAGGGCGACCAUCGUCCGGGAGAAGGAACGGGGGAAGAGAUUGGAAAGGUGUCUGAGGAACGUGCACGAGGCUAAAUCUACCUAAGGUUUUGAGUUAGAUUUGUUUUUUCCCCUGCCUCCUAUGUGAUUUGUGAUUUGUUCAUGUGUGGAUGGUAUUAUAGAUAGAUAUGUCUCUCUCCCCUUUUCCCUCUCUCUCCCUCUCUCCUUCUUUUUUUCAACAUUGACUUCUUUCGCUUUUCGCUGUAGAUGUACUCGCUAUCUUUUCUUUCCCCCUUGCCGCUCUGUACUUGUCGUCUGUACCUUUUUG